AGCCCACCCUUUCAGGUCUAUCACCUCUCGAUCCAUCUGACGCACGCCUCGCGGCGGCGGCGGCGGAUUUCACACUCCUCCUCGACUCCGCCCUUACCCGCCCGCCGCCGGCGCCCGCAACCUCUCCCGGACGCGCCCCUGCCCAGGAUCUGCACCGCCGACGAGCCCCCGGCGCUGCGCUAGAGACUACGACCGGCCGGCCGCUCCCUCGUUGCCACCAACAGCCAGCGCUAUAAGCCAAACCCGGCGGGCAGCGCGAAGCAGCAUACGCGCAUGCGCCACCACCACCGCGUCCUCCUCCGCUGCCGCGCGAUGCCUCUCCUGCCGUCGCCGCCGAGGACGCUGCGGGUUGAGGGAGGCCUUGUGCGCCACCGCCUCGUCAGAUGCCGUGGGUUGCCUAUCCCGCCGAAGACGCCGGGGGUCUCGGGCGGGCGCCUGUUCUCCUCCCUGCCGCUCCCGCCGCCUCUCCAGUCCCCAAGAGAGGUGCAUGUUUGGUAUCUUUGUCCCGAUGAGCUGAAAAAUCAGUCCCAACUGAAUAUGUAUGAAGAACUCCUGUCUCCUUCUGAAAGAGAGUAUGCCGACUCUAUGAAAGCAACAAUGUUGCGGAAAGAUGCUGUUUUGUCCCGUGCAUUGCUGCGCACCACCCUCUCAAGAUAUACAGGUUAUAAAAUUGAUCCGAGGUCAUUCGAGUUUAAGAAGAACAAAUUUGGCAAACCUGAGGUAUUGUGGCCACAGGAUGAUAACUCUGCGGAGCAACCUUUGCAUUUCAACAUUUCACACACAACUUCUUUGAUUGCCUGUGGUAUUGCCAUUAAUGCUCGUAUUGGCAUUGAUAUUGAAGAGAAGAAGCGAAAUACAACCAAGAAUAUUUUAUCUCUUGCUCGCCGUUACUUCACCCCUUCGGAAGUUAAUUAUCUAGCUGAGAUUUCAGAUUCAGAUGCUCAGCGAAAGGAAUUCCUGAAACUAUGGACUCUUAAAGAAGCAUAUGUAAAAGCUCUUGGAAUGGGUUUCUCAGGUGCUCCUUUCAGUACAUUUUCGAUCAUGCUGGAUACAAGUAUGGGAAUUCGGAUUUCUAAGGCAUCGAAUGCUUCCAGGUCUGAUUGCCACCUGUCCGAGAACUGGCUGUUUACACUCGCGGAGCUAAAUAGCUCUCACUACAUAUCAGUUUGUAUAGAGGACAGCUCCAGAAGUCAAGGUCCUGAAGACAGUCCAGCACCAGUAGGGUUGAAAGUAUGGAAGACCGUACCGUUUGUCGAAGAUACACUCGUCUCUGGAACAGAAGCUGUAAAACUUAUUGCCUGACUACUGAAACAUUGUUGUGAAACACACUUGGUCCAGUAGCGAUAGGUUUUGGUCUCUGCCCACUGAAACAUCAUUUUUCAUGUGUGUUGGCUCUCUUCUCUUGGUGGAAACAUUGUUGGUCUGAGCUGCCAUUCAAUGGCUGGCACUACAUUACCAUAUGUAUCUGUUGAGUUUCUUUGAUCACAAGUAGUUUAAUCGGAGAUGUAUCUUGGGUUUUGAAA